AUGCGUAUGGUUGUCUGCUUUUUCAAGCGCAAUCACAUCUUUCCAACGGAAUUUCAGCACCGCAUGCGAGUGAAGAAUUGGAUUUUUUGUAUCCAGCAGGGCGAGGUUUUAUAUCCCCCCGUCCCCGGGCGCCAAGUCUGUAGCAUCUACACCUGUGCUGCGCAGACAUGGCAUUGA